GCUGUGCUGCUGAGGCGCGUCCUCGGGCUCGCGGGGCGGGAGGCGAGGAGGAGGUGGUGCCGGAGGAGGAGGCGGAGGGCGGAGAGCGAAGCCACGCCGAGAGGUGGUGUGGGCGCUCCGCUCCCAGCCUAACGGAACGAGCUCCCACUUCGCGAGCAUGGGACGACACAGCGGCCGCUGAGCCCCCUCCGCGCCCUGCUCCCGCAUACCGGCGCGGCUCCCCGGGCACCAAGGAGCCGACUACAGAGGAGCAGGAUUCGCACCGCUGGCUGGGCGGACUCUGGCGCCAGAGAGCCUGGCGAGGGUCAGGAUUUUCGAGAAAGACAUGUCUGACAAGAUGUCUAGUUUCCUACAUAUUGGAGACAUUUGUUCUCUGUACGCGGAGGGAUCGACAAAUGGAUUUAUUAGCACCUUGGGGCUGGUGGACGAUCGGUGCGUCGUACAGCCGGAAGCCGGGGACCUCAACAAUCCGCCCAAGAAGUUCCGAGACUGCCUCUUCAAGCUAUGUCCCAUGAACCGCUACUCUGCCCAGAAGCAGUUCUGGAAAGCCGCUAAGCCGGGGGCCAACAGCACGACAGAUGCGGUGCUGCUCAACAAACUGCACCAUGCUGCAGACUUGGAGAAGAAGCAGAACGAGACGGAAAACAGGAAGUUGCUGGGGACCGUCAUCCAGUACGGCAACGUGAUCCAGCUCCUGCAUCUGAAGAGCAAUAAGUACCUGACCGUGAAUAAGAGGCUCCCGGCGCUGCUGGAGAAGAACGCCAUGCGGGUGACGCUGGACGAGGCCGGCAACGAGGGCUCCUGGUUUUACAUCCAGCCCUUCUACAAGCUGCGGUCCAUCGGCGACAGCGUGGUCAUAGGUGACAAGGUUGUUCUGAACCCCGUCAACGCAGGCCAGCCCCUCCAUGCCAGCAGCCAUCAGCUGGUGGACAACCCGGGGUGCAACGAGGUCAACUCCGUCAACUGCAACACGAGCUGGAAAAUCGUCCUCUUCAUGAAGUGGAGUGACAACAAAGACGACAUACUGAAGGGGGGCGACGUGGUGAGGCUGUUCCACGCCGAGCAGGAGAAGUUCCUCACGUGCGACGAGCACCGGAAGAAGCAGCACGUCUUCCUGAGGACCACCGGCCGCCAGUCGGCCACGUCGGCCACCAGCUCCAAAGCCCUGUGGGAAGUGGAGGUCGUCCAACACGACCCGUGUCGGGGAGGAGCGGGGUAUUGGAACAGCCUCUUCCGCUUCAAGCAUCUUGCCACAGGGCAUUACUUAGCAGCAGAGGUAGACCCUGACUUUGAGGAAGAGUGCCUGGAGUUUCAGCCCCCAGCGGACCCCGAUCAGGACGCGUCUCGGAGCAGGCUGCGGAACGCCCAGGAGAAGAUGCUGUACUCCCUGGUCUCCGUGCCCGAGGGCAGCGACAUCUCCUCCAUUUUCGAGCUCGACCCCACCACCCUACGCGGAGGUGACAGCCUUGUGCCGAGAAACUCCUAUGUCCGGCUUAGACACCUGUGUACUAACACCUGGGUUCACAGCACGAACAUCCCCAUCGACAAGGAGGAAGAAAAACCCGUGAUGCUGAAAAUCGGCACCUCCCCCGUGAAGGAGGAUAAGGAGGCGUUUGCCAUCGUCCCUGUUUCUCCUGCUGAGGUUCGGGACCUGGACUUUGCCAACGACGCCAGCAAGGUGCUGGGCUCCAUAGCCGGGAAGCUGGAGAAAGGCACCAUCACCCAGAACGAAAGGAGGUCAGUCACCAAGCUGCUGGAAGACUUGGUCUACUUCGUCACGGGCGGCACCAACUCUGGGCAGGACGUCCUCGAGGUGGUGUUCUCCAAGCCCAACAGGGAGCGGCAGAAGCUGAUGAGAGAGCAGAACAUUCUCAAGCAGAUCUUCAAGCUGCUGCAGGCCCCGUUCACGGACUGCGGGGACGGCCCGAUGCUGCGGCUGGAGGAGCUCGGGGACCAGCGGCACGCGCCCUUCAGACACAUCUGCCGCCUCUGCUACCGGGUCCUGAGGCACUCGCAGCAAGACUACAGGAAGAACCAGGAGUACAUCGCCAAGCAGUUUGGCUUCAUGCAGAAGCAGAUCGGCUAUGACGUGCUGGCCGAGGACACCAUCACCGCCCUGCUGCACAAUAACCGGAAGCUGCUGGAGAAGCACAUCACCGCGGCCGAGAUCGACACCUUCGUCAGCCUGGUGCGGAAGAACCGGGAGCCCAGAUUUUUAGAUUACCUGUCCGAUCUCUGCGUGUCCACGAACAAGUCGAUCCCCGUGACCCAGGAGCUGAUAUGUAAGGCCGUGCUGAACCCAACCAACGCCGACAUCCUCAUCGAGACCAAGCUGGUCCUGUCUCGAUUUGAGUUCGAGGGUGUCGCCACGGGAGAGAGCGCCCUGGAGGCCGGCGAGGACGAGGAGGAGGUGUGGCUCUUCUGGAGGGCCGGCCACAAGGAGGUCCGCAGCAAGAGCGUGCGGGAGCUGGCCCAGGACGCCAAGGAGGGCCAGAAGGAGGACCGGGACGUGCUCGGCUACUACCGGUACCAGCUGAACCUCUUUGCUAGGAUGUGUCUGGACCGCCAGUACCUGGCCAUCAACGAGAUAUCGGGCCAGCUGGACGUGGAUCUCAUUCUACGCUGCAUGUCGGACGAGAACCUGCCCUACGACCUCAGGGCGUCCUUCUGCCGGCUCAUGCUUCACAUGCACGUGGACCGAGACCCCCAGGAGCAAGUCACCCCCGUGAAGUACGCCCGCCUCUGGUCCGAGAUCCCCUCCGAGAUCGCCAUCGACGACUAUGACAGCAGCGGAGCUUCCAAAGAUGAGAUGAAGCAGAGGUUCGCGCAGACCAUGGGCUUCGUGGAGGAGUACUUGAGAGACGUGGUUUGCCAGAGGUUCCCUUUCUCUGACAAGGAGAAGAAUAAGCUUACGUUCGAGGUUGUGAAUUUAGCUAGGAAUCUCAUAUACUUUGGUUUCUACAACUUCUCUGACCUUCUACGAUUAACCAAAAUCCUCCUGGCCAUAUUGGACUGUGUGCACGUGACGACAAUCUUCCCCAUCACCAAGAUGGCCAAGGGAGACGAGAAUAAGGGCAGCAAUGUGAUGCGGUCCAUCCACGGGGUCGGAGAACUGAUGACCCAGGUGGUGCUGCGGGGAGGGGCCUUCCUGCCCGUGGCCCCCAUGGCCGCCGCCCCCGAGGGCACCGUGAAGCAGGCCGAGCCGGAGAAGGAGGACAUCAUGGUCAUGGACACCAAGCUGAAGAUCAUCGAGAUACUCCAGUUCAUUCUCAAUGUGCGGCUGGACUAUAGGAUCUCCUGCCUCCUGUGUAUAUUCAAGCGGGAGUUUGACGAAAGCAAUUCCCAGACUUCGGAGGCGUCCUCAGGAAGCAGCAGCCAGGAGGGGCCCAGCAGCGUGCCAGGUGCUCUUGACUUUGAACAUAUUGAAGAACAAGCAGAAGGCAUCUUCGGAGGAAGCGAGGAGAACACCCCCCUGGAUCUGGAUGACCACGGCGGCAGAACCUUCCUCCGCGUCCUGCUGCACUUGACAAUGCACGACUACCCCCCGCUGGUGUCGGGGGCCCUGCAGCUGCUCUUCCGGCACUUCAGCCAGAGGCAGGAAGUGCUGCAGGCCUUCAAGCAGGUUCAACUGCUUGUUACCAGCCAAGAUGUUGACAACUACAAACAGAUCAAACAGGACUUGGACCAGCUGAGAUCCAUCGUGGAGAAGUCGGAGCUCUGGGUGUACAAAGGGCAGGGCCCCGACGAGGCCAUGGAGGGCCCGUCUGGAGAGAACGAACACAAGAAGACAGAGGACGGGAAUAACAAGUCACAGAAGCACGAGAGCACCAGCAGCUACAACUACAGGGUGGUGAAGGAGAUCCUGGUCCGGCUCAGCAAGCUGUGCGUGCAGGAGAGCGCGUCGGUGCGCAAGAGCCGCAAGCAGCAGCAGCGCCUGCUCCGGAACAUGAGCGCGCACGCGGUGGUGCUGGAGCUGCUGCAGAUCCCCUACGAGAAGGCCGAGGACACCAAGAUGCAGGAGAUAAUGCGGCUGGCGCAUGAGUUUCUGCAGAACUUCUGUGCGGGCAACCAGCAGAACCAGGCCCUGCUGCACAAGCACACAAACCUGUUCCUCAACCCCGGGAUCCUGGAGGCGGUGACGAUGCAGCACAUCUUCAUGAACAACUUCCAGCUGUGCAGCGAGAUCAACGAGCGGGUCGUGCAGCACUUUGUCCACUGCAUCGAGACUCACGGCCGCAACGUCCAGUACAUCAAGUUCCUGCAGACGAUCGUCAAGGCCGAAGGCAAAUUCAUCAAGAAGUGCCAAGACAUGGUCAUGGCCGAGCUGGUGAACUCGGGCGAGGACGUCCUCGUGUUCUACAACGACAGAGCCUCUUUCCAGACCCUGAUCCAGAUGAUGCGCUCGGAGCGGGACCGGAUGGAUGAGAACAGCCCGCUCAUGUACCACAUCCACCUGGUCGAGCUCCUGGCCGUGUGCACGGAGGGCAAGAACGUGUACACCGAGAUCAAGUGCAACUCCCUGCUGCCGCUGGACGACAUCGUCCGCGUGGUGACCCACGAGGACUGCAUCCCCGAGGUUAAAAUCGCGUACAUCAACUUCCUGAAUCACUGCUACGUGGACACGGAAGUGGAGAUGAAGGAGAUCUACACGAGCAACCACAUGUGGAAGCUGUUCGAGAAUUUCCUCGUGGACAUCUGCAGGGCCUGUAACAACACCAGUGACCGGAAGCAUGCCGACUCGGUUUUGGAGAAGUACGUGACAGAGAUUGUCAUGAGCAUCGUGACCACGUUCUUCAGCUCUCCCUUCUCAGACCAGAGUACGACUUUGCAGACCCGCCAGCCCGUCUUCGUGCAGCUGCUGCAAGGCGUCUUCCGGGUUUACCACUGCAACUGGCUGGUGCCGAGCCAGAAAGCCUCGGUGGAGAGCUGCAUUCGGGUGCUGUCCGAUGUGGCCAAGAGCCGGGCCAUCGCCAUCCCUGUGGACCUGGACAGCCAAGUCAACAACCUCUUCCUGAAGUCCCACAACAUCGUGCAGAAAACCGCCAUGAGCUGGCGGCUGUCCGCCCGCAACGCGGCUCGCAGGGACUCCGUGCUGGCGGCCUCCAGAGACUAUCGGAAUAUCAUUGAGAGACUGCAGGACAUUGUGUCGGCGCUGGAGGACCGGCUGAGGCCCCUGGUCCAGGCCGAGCUGUCCGUGCUGGUGGACGUCCUGCACAGGCCCGAGCUGCUCUUCCCGGAGAACACCGACGCCAGGCGCAAGUGUGAGAGCGGCGGCUUCAUCUGCAAGCUGAUCAAGCACACGAAACAGCUGCUGGAGGAAAACGAGGAGAAACUCUGCAUCAAAGUCCUGCAGACCCUCCGCGAAAUGAUGACCAAGGACAGAGGCUACGGAGAGAAGGGUGAGGCGCUCAGGCAAAUUUUGGUCAACCGUUACUAUGGAAACAUCAGACCUUCGGGAAGAAGAGAGAGCCUUACCAGCUUUGGCAAUGGCCCGCUGUCACCAGGAGGACCCAGCAAGCCUGGGGGAGGAGCCGUCGCCAUGAACGUGUCGGAGCAGGCGGCCUGGCCCCAGCAGACUGCCCUGGUGGAGACUGUGCCCCUCAGCAAGGCCGAGGGCUCUGCCCAGCACAGCUGCCCAGCUGAGUUCAAGGAGUACAGCCGUCGCCGGCCCGUGUGUGCGCGGUCUCUGCUGUCAGCUGUCAGCCUGCUCAAGGAGCAGCGAGCAGCCUCUCCCGUUUGCCCCAUGUUCUUCACCGGUAUUAAAGGCCCCCAGCAGCCCGCCGAAGAGAACGCCUCAGAAAAAAACAAGGUCAUGCCGCAUUUUGGGCCAGGCGGAAGCCACCUGGUGGGCCAGAACCCAGGGCAAUGGGCCUGUGGGGCUGGGGAACAGCGAGACGCGGAGCGCGCGUCCUUCGGGGCCCAGAAGGUCUGUGACCUGAGCGUUAGUCAGAUGCGGCAGGGGACCGAGGGAGGGAAGGCACUCGUUCUGCUGGACAACGUGCUGUCUGCCAGCCUGCCUCCCGAGUGGCAUCCUCGUCCUCCCUGCCCCGUGACCGAUGAGGAAGCCGAGGCCACAGUGUCAUCGGUGACCUGGGCAAGCCCUCCCAGUUCUGCAGUCACCCCGCCACGGAGGCAGGACGUAACCCCCAUCUCUGAGCCCCCCGCUGCUCUGCACGAACACAGGCACGGGAAUGGGCCCGACAGCGACCGUAAACCCCCAGCCCGGGCAGCGCUUCACCAGGCAGAAAGGGCCUGUUCGGGAGCCGUGGUAACAACGCACCCGGCAGGUGUCACGGGCAGUUGGACGGUUCACACGGGGACCCACCACACCUCUCCGUACCUGCGGAGCGGGCGUUAUAAAAAGCCAAAGGUGCUUGAGUUUGACAAACUCGCGCUCAGCAUCUGUUCUCUGGUGUCCGAGACUCCCGGGGCCAAGGCCGAGGUCUUCGUGUGCCCGAGGCAGAGCGAAAAGUGGAAAAUGUCAAAGACCCCGGCGGAGACUUCCCGUCAGCUGGAAGCUCAGGGGCUGACGCACUGUUCAGUGUCCACAUUUUUCAAAUUCCUGGAUUCGCCUGAGAACCACUCGUUUUUCUGCCGACUGACGGAAGACAAGAAGUCGGAGAAGUUCUUCAAGGUCUUCUACGACCGGAUGAAGGCGGCCCAGCAGGAAAUCAAGGCGACGGUGACGGUGAACACCAGCGACCUGGGGAACAAGAAGAAGGACGACGAGGCCGACAGGGACGCCCCGUCGCGGAGGAAAGCCAAAGAGCCCUCGACGCAGAUAACUGAAGAGGUCCGUGACCAGCUCCUGGAGGCCUCCGCUGCCACCAGGAAGGCCUUCACCACCUUCAGGAGGGAGGCCGACCCCGACGACCACUACCAGCCCGGGGAGGGCACCCAGGCCGCGGCGGACAAGACCAAGGACGACCUGGAGAUGAGCGCGGUCGUCACCAUCAUGCAGCCCAUCCUCCGCUUCCUGCAGCUCCUGUGCGAGAACCACAACCGGGACCUGCAGAACUUCCUCCGUUGCCAAAAUAACAAGACCAACUACAACCUGGUGUGCGAGACGCUGCAGUUCCUGGACUGCAUCUGCGGCAGCACCACUGGCGGCCUCGGCCUUCUCGGCCUCUACAUCAACGAGAAGAACGUGGCCCUCAUCAACCAGACCCUGGAAAGCCUGACCGAGUACUGCCAGGGACCUUGCCACGAGAACCAGAACUGCAUCGCCACCCACGAGUCCAAUGGCAUUGACAUCAUCACCGCCCUGAUCCUUAACGACAUCAACCCUUUGGGAAAGAAGAGGAUGGACCUUGUAUUGGAACUGAAGAAUAACGCCUCCAAGCUGCUGCUGGCCAUCAUGGAGAGCAGGCACGACAGUGAGAACGCGGAGAGGAUUCUGUAUAACAUGAGGCCGAAGGAGCUGCUGGCCCGGCACAAUAAAGAGCUGCAGAGCAUGCUGAAGCCCGGGGGCCAGGUGGACGGGGACGCAGCCCUGGGCUUCUACGCCAAGCACACGGCCCAGAUAGAGAUCGUCAGACAGGACCGGACCAUGGAGCAGAUCGUGUUCCCCGUGCCCAGCAUCUGCGAGUUCCUCACCAAGGAGUCGAAGCUGCGCAUCUACUACACCACGGAGAGGGACGAGCAGGGCAGCAAGAUCAACGACUUCUUCCUGCGCUCCGAGGACCUCUUCAACGAGAUGAACUGGCAGAAGAAGCUGCGAGCCCAGCCCGUGCUGUACUGGUGUGCCCGCAACAUGUCCUUCUGGAGCAGCAUCUCGUUUAACCUGGCCGUCCUGAUGAAUCUGCUCGUGGCCUUCUUCUACCCAUUCAGAGGCGUCCGAGGAGGGACCCUGGAGCCGCACUGGUCGGGACUGCUGUGGACGGCCAUGCUCGUGUCGCUGGCCAUCGUCAUCGCCCUCCCCAAGCCCCACGGCGUCCGCGCCUUAAUCGCCUCCACGAUUCUGCGGCUCAUAUUUUCGGUCGGGCUGCAGCCCACGCUGUUCCUCCUGGGGGCUUUCAACGUCUGCAAUAAAAUCAUCUUCCUCAUGAGCUUCGUGGGCAACUGUGGGACGUUCACCAGGGGCUACCGGGCCAUGGUGCUAGACGUCGAGUUCCUGUACCACCUGCUGUACCUGCUGAUCUGUGCCAUGGGGCUCUUCGUCCACGAAUUCUUCUACAGUCUGCUGCUCUUCGACUUAGUGUACAGAGAAGAGACUCUGCUCAACGUCAUCAAGAGCGUCACACGCAACGGGCGGUCCAUCAUCUUGACGGCGGUCCUGGCUCUGAUCCUGGUCUACCUGUUCUCCAUCGUGGGCUAUCUGUUCUUCAAGGACGAUUUUAUCUUGGAAGUGGACAGGCUGCCCAACGACACAGUUCUUCCAGAAGCCGGCGAGAGUUUGGCGAGCGAGUUCCUGCACUCGGACGUGUGUCGGGUGAAGACCGGGGAGAGCUGCUCCCCCACGGCACCCCAGGAAGAGCUGCCCCCGGCCGAGGAGACGGAGCAGGACCAGGAGCACACGUGCGAGACACUGCUGAUGUGCAUCGUCACCGUGCUGAGCCACGGGCUGCGGAGCGGGGGCGGCGUGGGCGAUGUGCUCAGGAAGCCGUCCAAAGAGGAGCCGCUCUUUGCCGCCAGAGUCAUCUACGACCUCCUGUUCUUCUUCAUGGUCAUCAUCAUCGUCCUUAACCUCAUUUUCGGGGUCAUCAUCGACACCUUCGCGGACCUGCGGAGCGAGAAGCAGAAGAAAGAGGAGAUCUUGAAGACGACGUGCUUCAUCUGCGGCUUAGAAAGAGACAAGUUUGACAACAAGACUGUCACCUUCGAAGAGCACAUCCAGGAGGAACACAACAUGUGGCACUAUCUGUGCUUCAUCGUCCUCGUGAAGGUCAAGGACUCCACGGAGUACACGGGGCCGGAGAGCUACGUGGCGGAGAUGAUCAAGGAAAGGAACCUCGACUGGUUCCCCAGGAUGCGAGCCAUGUCCUUGGUCAGCAGCGACUCCGAAGGGGAACAGAACGAGCUGAGAAAUCUGCAGGAGAAGCUGGAGUCCACCAUGAAGCUGGUCACCAAUCUGUCUGGCCAGCUGUCAGAGCUCAAGGACCAGAUGACAGAACAAAGGAAGCAGAAACAGAGAAUCGGUCUCCUGGGGCACCCUCCUCACAUGAACGCCAACCCGCAGCAGCCAGCCUGAGCAGGUGGCGGGAAGGAGCCGCAUCUACCCUCACUGCUGGGGCGCGGGUUCGGCCAGUCCCCCAGACUCGCCCACGAAGUGGCCCCGGGUGCUGAGUGCAUUUGUAAAUACUCGGUUCCAUACUGUGUGUAUAUGAUCACUACCCUAAAGGUUUGGAUAUAUGUAUUGUAAUUAGAAUUCCUGGCAUGAUGAAAUUUCAUUUGUGCCAAAAAUAUUAAAAAUGCUUUUUUUGGAAGGACUAAAGAAAGCACUUGAUUUGCACUUGAACCAGAUUAUAGAUUUAAAACUCUAUGACAUGUAUUUUGUAUUUAAAACUAGAAUAGCAGGUAUUUAUGUUUUUUAUAAAACUGUGCAAUACGGAUUAUGCAAUCACAACAAAUCUGUAGCUCCUGUCCCAAGGGAGUGUUCGUCUUUGAAGCUGGUGUGUGAAAGCUGUGUGAUAAACGGUUAAGUAUCAAAUGAUGCUGCUGCCAAAACCCCAUUAAUAGCGAGUUUCAGGCCCCCGGGCACUCCGUACCAUGUAGUUAUCCUGUGGUGACACUGUUUCUCGUCGCUAGCGGCAUUAAUGCCUCUGUCUUAUAGUGACAACGCUCCAAGUCUAUGAACUGUCAAGUCAGCAUUCAUUGUAAGAAAAGCAACUUUAGUUUCGAAGAUACUUUUAAGCUUCUGAAUUGAUCAUUUAAACUAUUUCUUUAAAUCUGAGCUAAAUUAGAGGCUCAGACUUUCGCUGGUGAAGGUAAUGAAUUUUUUUUAAAGGGAACUUUUUAUGCAGCAUUUGGGGUAAAUGCAUUACUGCUGGCCAAUCGAUGUCAUCUCCUAGGUGAAUUUUGGUGACGCGUUGUAAAGAAAUGAAUAAUCGAUGGUCUCUAGAUUACUUAGUCCAGAGUUGAUUUUUUUCUUCAUCCAAACAUGCUACAGUAGCUAAGAAGUAUUAACAUGUACCUCCAGAUAGGAUGAAACAUGAUCUAGCCCAUUAGAACUCGGAGUUGAACACGGACAUGGUAUUCUUGCGAAAAAGCCACAUUUUGGUUUUAUUUCUUUGUCACACGAUUUCUUUCAUUGAUGGAUGAAAAGUAUGAAAGGAAACUUUUAUAUCUGUUGCCUAGUUUUGUAUAUGGAUCUCAUUUUACAAGAGAAUGUCUCUGCAAAAAAAGUUUAAAGAUGUAUUGAAAGCAGAGUUCUGAAAUGAGUACUUCAAGUUUGUAAACGUAUAUAUAAAAAUAUUUAAUAAAUGACGCAGAAUAAUACGUA